UUUGCCUUGAGCGCACAAAAUUAAUUUCUCUCUCUUUACGUGUUUGUCUUUUCUUUUAUCUAAAAUAAUAAUGUAGUAAAAAUAAUAAUUAUCUCCCUAUAUUAAUUCUCAAAAAAAAAAAUUAUUCAUAAAUUAAAUUUAUUCGUCUCAAUCAACCGAUCAUCCACAAGCAAAAGCUACCGGUUUCUUCACCGGCAAAACUUUUCCGUAUACCACACAGCCGCAGAGUUAAAGACCUUGCAAGGACCUGAAGACAUAAUACUUUUCCUUUGUGGCUGACCAGAUUUGAGUGAGACUCUCUUGUUCAUGCUAGGGAAGCUGGCGGCUUAUUAUUGUCAGAUGAAGGAUAUUGCCCUAGAUUCAUAAGAAUGGGUUUCCUGGGCUAAAUAGUUCAUACUAGGGCUUUGUUGGAGUUGAUUUGAGCUUAAUAUUGGGCAUGUGAUCAAAUUCCAUUUCUAUUGGCAUAUCUUGUUUUGACACGACAUAAGUUGAUGUGAGGGCUUGGGAUGAGGACAUAUUGCAAGUACAGGGUAUUUAUUUGGUGGAUAGCUAAAUAGCUUUGCUAAUGUAUAGAACCUCAAUCAUACAUGAUGUUGCAAGCAACUUUGUGGUCAAUCUGGCAGGUUAUGAAGAGAUAUCAUUCUUAUGGUGUUCUUAUCAAGAUUGAUUAGACUGAGCUGCUCUUAUUGCAUCUCUUACCCUUGAACUUUUGAGUGUGAAGAGCUCAUAGGAAAUAGGUUCUGCUAUUCUUGCAGAAUUAAUGACCUUCCGAAAGAUGCUUCUUGAUGGGGUGAGAAGUAGUUGAAAACCUGAAGUCAUUUAGACGCUGCCACUUAUUGGGGGGUGAGGGGUUGUUGAAAAACUGAAGUUCAUUUUACAGGCUGCCAUUAACUGUGGGGAGAGCAUUUCUGGAAAACCUGAAGUUCAUUCUACAGGCUGCAGCUAACUUUCUGAUUAGUUGUGGGAUUCCUUUGCACUGCUGUUAGUAUGGGGCCACUUUCACUUGGAAAGACUGUCUUGCUUAUGCCAUUUUUAUUGAUGAUAGGAGAUGAAGUUCUUGCUGACCAUUCUGCUUCCAGAGCACAUUUUUGACUGGUAUUUGUUUACUUUUUCUGGAAUGGUGGAUCUGUUGGUAGUGACACGGGGGCAGAUGUGUACGAUCUUGUCUGUGAAUACUUUGGAUUGUUUGCUGGUGAAUAGAACUGAAUGGUGCACAGUUUGAGUGUGUUGCAACUUUAUUACAAUAUCCCUUCUAAGGUUCAGGGUAGAGAUGCUGAGCAGAUACUGUAAUGCUCAAUAGAUGCAAUUCACAGUUUUGAGUGUGUUGCAACUUUAUUACAAUAUCCCUUCUAAGGUUCAGGGUAGAGAUGCUGAGCAGAUACUGUAAUGCUCAAUAGAUGCAACAUUCUCUCUAUUUUCUCAAUGACAGCUGGUUUUAUCCUGAUUCAAUUGUAUGCUGGAAAUUCUUUAAUUGAGCGUAUUGAGCUAAUGUUCCUGUGCUCCUUUGGAGUGUUAGGUUGUAAUCUUACUCUAUUGAUGGCUUAGUUCGAAAUAGAGUGAGAGCAAUCCUGAUCAAUUUAUUCUCUGAAUGGCAUCACAAGGCAGAGCUGGGGUCCAAUGGAAGGUACAUUUUCGUAGUUGUACCACUACGAUGUAGCACAUUGAUGCUAGUAUAUUGCUAAGUGUGCUGCAAUUCCUUAGAACACUUAAACAUAAUGUUGCUUGGUCUACGGAAUAUUGGAGGACAACUAUCAUAGUUGGUUGUGAUGAAUGAGAAAACACGCGUAUUACCAGUUAGCCUCUGUAUUUAUGGUUGAGCUCCCAUUGAUGUAAGAAAAAUCUCUAACUAGUAACACAUCUAUAGUUUGGAUGAGUUGUAUCUAGUUCUUUGGGGCUCAUUGGUACCUGUCACUAUUCAUCCUUUUGUACUACCCACAAUCUUCAUGAGGUGGUGCCUCUUAUAUUUCACUUUGCAAGUAGAUGCAAUGAUGGAAGCUUUUAAAGCCAUUUCACAGUUUUUGCUUCUAUCCCUAUUUUGCACUCUCAACAUUUUGUACUAAACUUAGUCAAUCAUGAAUCAUAUCUGGUGCUGUUAACAAAUUUAUUUCUUUACUUUCUCCCCGUGACAAGAUUAUUCUUAGCUCAUCUCAUACCAUCAUUAUCCAUUUACUUUUCUAUCUCUCUGACAAGCCAACUUGUUUUGGUGCAUUUCAUACAAAAGAUUGCAAUUGCUUCUUUCUAAACUCUCAUAUGCUCUUUACACUGGUACAUCUCACAAAAGCAACAUUAAUAAGUGUUUCCAGAGAUACUCUCGUACUCCUCCCCCACCCUUUGCUCUUCGUCCUGCAUUUCUCUGAGUUCUGAACCUUGAAACAGUCAUUAUCAGAAAGAUUGAUGGACACAAAAAUUGUAGUGGCUUCUUCUUAAUGGAACAUAUUUCAGUGAGACUGCCAUGGGAUGAGGGAAACCAAAUUGGCCAUGUCUAUUUGGUGGUAUGGCUCGUCAAAGAUUUCUUUUCGCGGAGAGAUAAAUUUAUUGCUUACUUUCACGUACAAUGGGGCACAGAAAUUCAUUCAACACGCCUCCAAUAUUUGGGACGGAAGAUGAUCAGAGAUGGAACGUUCCAGAGCAGGCACCUUUGCCUUACGCAAGGGCUGGUGUUCCGGAAAGCAGUAAUAUUGUUUAUCCAGUGGAUAGUAUGUCAAUUGACGGGGCACACCAUUCUUCUCAGGGGCAUGGCUCUAGGCCAAGUGGAUAUUCUUCCUUGAAUCCAAAUAUGGAAAUUCCACACUGUCAGCCACAGGUUCAAGGUCCUCUUCAUGAUCCUUUUCUACAUUCAGGUACUGGAGGCUUUCAUAUGAUCCAUGAGAAUUAUCCACAUCAAGCAUCUUCAUCAGCCCAUGGUGGCCAGACAUAUCAUGGGGUGGAUGGUGGCCUUGUUGACCUCACAAUGGGUAGUGGGAGAGGGCCGUACAAACGAAAGAGUCCUGGUAUACCUGCAGGUGGCGAAAGUGGUAGUACAAGCAGAUACUUCGAUGCUGGCAGUUCAUCUGAUCUCCCUUCUGAAUCUUGGCAGGAGAAACAAAAUCCAGACCCCCAUUACACAACUUGGGGUUUACAUCCUAGUUACCGAGGUAAUAGUCUGUCUAUUGGAGGUGAGGGUUCUCAGAGGAAUGUAAGAAGCAGAGCUGCAUUUGACCUGCAAAAUAACGUAGGAAGGGCUCAUAUAACAAGUACUCCUUCACAUCACUCUAACAGCAGUAGAACAUCCACUGAUUAUUGUAAUUCAGUGAAUUAUCUAGCUCCAAGUUCGAAUUCUUCAGCAAGGGAAUGGAACCAUACUGUCAUGCCCCCUGCAGCUGCCCAUGGGAGGAACUUCGCUCCUGAUGCAAGCUUCUUUUGUUAUGAUAUGAACCACUAUGAUAUGGUUACCGGCAAUAUCUCUACCUCUCUGGAGAUGGGGAAUUACCACAAUGAUUUCACCUCCAACAGAACUUCCCUUCCUCAGCAUUUGCCUGGCAGCUUGCCAUCUUCAAGGGGAGUCCGAAGUAGCUAUAGUCAAAGAUCUUCCCCUACUUUUAGGACUUCUUCAAGCUAUUUGCGUCAUGGGCAUGUUGGGACUUCAGAUGACGGAUCACAGUUGUUUGCUGAAGGUUACUCCUCAAGACAUUCACGACCAUUGUCUACUCUAGGACUGCGUAGUAGUGACCGAAAUGGGAGAACUAGGGUAUCCAGUGAUAGGUACAGAUCGUUGGCUGGUGAGGCAGGUUUCCGUGAGCAACUUGCAUCUGAGGGCGUUAUUAUUCCAGACCGCUCUACUUAUUAUGGGUCCAGAAGCAUGUUUGACCAGCAUAGGGACAUGAGACUUGACAUUGACGACAUGGGCUAUGAGGAACUUCUGGCUCUGGGAGAAAGAAUUGGCCAUGUCAAUACUGGCUUGUCGGAGGAACUGAUUUCAAAGUGCAUGACCGAGUCAAUUUAUUGUUCCUCAGGCCAAAAUCAUGAGGAAGGAAAUUGUGUUAUCUGUCUGGAAGAGUAUGUUAACAUGGAUGAUGUUGGGACGUUGAAAUCGUGCAUCCAUGAUUUUCAUGUUGGAUGCAUAAGAAGAUGGCUGUCAAUGAAGAACGUGUGUCCAAUCUGCAAGAAAACUGCGUUGGAUGACGACGAUCUGAAGGAAAAAUGAUUUAUUUAGCUAUGACUUACUGGGCAUUGAACUUGUGUAAAUAUGUAUGUAGAACAUUUCUCAAAUGGGGGGAAAACUAGUAUCACCUCAUAAGUUUGUACAGAAAAUGUUUUUCAUGUCAUUAGUCGUUUCUUUCAAAUGUCUAAAGAAUCUCCUUAUUACCUCUU